GGCGGAGCUCUAGCCUGGGAGGGGCUCGGAUUCUGCGGGCGGAGGCGGUGGGGAAACAUGGCCGCGGCGGAGGCGGCGGAGACUCAGCUGAUGCUGGGAGUGGGUCUGAUCGAAAAAGACACAAAUGGAGAUACUCUGUGGGUAUGGUGUUAUCCUUCCACCACAGAUGAAUUAAGGAAUAUGCUUUUGAGAAAAUGCUGCCUCACAGAUGAAAAUCAACUCCUUCACACCUUUGUAUAUGGCCAGUAUAGAAGAUCAUGGUUCUAUAUCACAACAACUGAAGUACCAGAUGCUUCUGUUUUAAAAAAGGUGACUCAUUUUUCUAUCGUUUUGACUGCCAAAGAUUUUAACCCAGAGAAAUAUGCUGCCUUUACUAGGAUAUUGUGCAGAAUGUACCUAAAACAUGGGAGUCCAGUUAAGAUGAUGGAAAGUUAUAUUGCGGUUCUUACAAAGGGGAUAUGUCAGAGUGAAGAAAAUGGCUCUUUCCUUAGCAAAGAUUUUGAUGCCCGAAAGGCAUACCUUGCAGGUUCCAUAAAAGAUGUGGUAUCUCAAUUUGGAAUGGAAACUGUCAUCUUAUAUACUGCUCUGAUGCUAAAGAAGAGAAUUGUGGUCUACCACCCUAGAAUAGAAGCUGUCCAAGAGUUUACAAGGAUUCUACCUGCCUUGGUUUGGCAUCGACAAGACUGGUCAAUUCUUCAUUCAUAUGUACACCUUAAUAAUGAUGAAUUGGAAGCACUGAAGACUUGCACAGGUUAUAUUGCUGGAUUUGUGAACCCGGAGGUGAGCAACAGACCCGAUCUUUAUGAUGUAUUUGUGAAUCUGGCAGAUAGUGAGAUUACAGUUUCUCAACCUGCAAAAGAAGCCAUGACAAUGGGGAAACUACACAAAGAAAUUGGUCAGUUAAUUCUUCAGUCUGCAGAAGACCCAGAAAAGUCAGACAGCCAAGUCAUUAAGGAUAUUUCACUUAAAACAAGAGAAAUCUUGGCCAAUCUGGCAUCAUUUGCAGAAGUUUCUGACGAUGGAGAGAAACCAAAGCUCAGCUUUGAGACUCUGAAACAAAAACGAUUUCCGCCAGCUACAGAAAACUUUCUGUGUCAUCUUGCAGCUGCUGAACAAAUGCUUAAGAUUUGAUUCCAUGAUAGAUGUGUCUAGCUGGGGGUCAGUAUAAAGUUCUUCACUAUUAUGGUCCACUAAUGUCAAAUUCUAACAAUAGCAAAGGAAAAAAUAUGAUAUUUUUAAUAACUCAUUUGAAAGUUUUGACAUUUGAUUUGUAAUACACUGAUGCACCUCUGGAAAUACUUCUCAUUUUCUCUUUUAUCACAGUUUCAUAAAGUCAGUGGAGUUAAACAAAAUGAUGUCACUACCACAAAUAAUGUUAUAAAAACAACUGGGAUCCUAGCGUAAGAACAAAACUAAGAGAUGCAUUUCAAAGUUACAGAAAACCCAAAAGCCUUCAGUUUAGUACUACAAAAACCGUCCGCUUUGUCUCAUUCCAUAGCCAUAAUAAUAAUAAUUGUUUAUUUUCAGUAAGCAGCCUGAAAUUUUGCUUUGUAAUCUUCUGCGAAGAACUUGAAUUCCUCAUGAGGAACUCUACUUUCUGAGCCAGACUACAGAAUUUUCUGCAGAAUUGUCUUAAAGAUCCUUAAAAAGGCACUGCAGGAGCACUUUCUUGUAUAAAAGUUUGUUUUCUUGGCCUUUGAACAUUUUGCCUGUAUUAUGUGGGGUUUGCAGAGAUUUUUAUACUUAGGAGUGGACAACUUUAAUAGUUCAUAUUUAUACAAUUGCUGAAUUAAGCAUCUGGCAUCCUAAAGCCAUCAAUAAACUUCAAGUUAACUUGUACUAGAAAUACUCAUACUCAUGGGUUGUGGAGGAAGAGAUUAUCUGUAUAUCACAUAUAGAUGUUUGUGUCCAAAAAAACUUUUACAGUCAAUAAAGGAGUGUGAGAAUCACCUCUUUGCUAGAGCCAAAACUUAAGGAGCAAUUUUAUGGAUUUGGUUACAUGGAAAAUUAAGUAUCCUUGUUCAUAUACUAUUUUUUUGAUAAUUGGAAAAGAAUUUAAAAUUUUCAAGUUAGCAUGAGUGUCCAAACUCUUUUUACCAGCUGUUUGUUUAAUGUGGUCAUAUAUUUGCUUUUUAUUAACAUAGUACUGACAUCUUAAAAAUUCUUGCCAAGAAAUAGACUCAGUUAAGAAUUUAGUUAACGGUUUCUUUCACUUUCUUCUGUUAGGUGUUAAAAGGCUCUUAAUCAAACAUUUCUUUCUUUUUCAUUUUAGUGUUUAAAUUGAGAGGAUAUUUACUAAGGGGAACCAAGUGAAAAUUAAAUCUGCACUUUAUAAAAAUGAAUAGCAUGAAUAA